AUGUUGUCUCACUCGGCAUUCGAAAACAGUGGAGUGACAUUGACCGACUUCAAGCACUUUUGCCGGCUGCUUAGAAGAGGUGACUAUAUUUCAUUGAAGGGCGGUCGACCAUAUAAGGCCAAGAAUGGUCAGCUCUCUAUCAGGGCUUCUUCUAUGCCCAUCAUUCUGUCGCCUUGCCUCCAACGAUUCCCAGUAGAGCGUCGAGGCCUCGCAACGACUGAACUUGCAGCCUCCAAUUUCCAACCUCGACAUGUGGAAAUGCAGACAGAUCCCGAAAUCAUAGAGACCAUCAAGGCCCGGGCGACCCUCAUCCGGACGAUGAGACAAUUCUUCGAGUCGCGCUCUUUCAUUGAAGUGAGCACUCCAAUCUUGUCUGCCGCGGCGGGCGGUGCAACCGCGAAACCAUUCGAGACCAAGGCGACGGAAUUUCCUCACCGGAAACUCAGCCUACGCAUUGCCCCGGAACUGUGGCUGAAGAGGCUCGUUGUUGGUGGCAUGGACAGGAUCUUUGAGAUUGGACCGUCCUUUCGGAAUGAAGGUCUCGACAAAACGCACAAUCCAGAAUUCACGACUUGCGAGUUCUACGCCGUUGGCCACGAUCUGCGCCAACUGAUGGACAUGACGAAGCAGCUCGUCUCUGACAUUGGCUUGGCCAUCAAAGCUCUACCUUACCAGUAUCCGCACGCACCCUCAUACCUCCUCGAGUCUACUCACGGCCCGUACGAAGAACUCGACUUCAUCCCUUCUCUCAACUCUGCCUUGGGAGUUGAUCUCCCUAACCUCUCCUCCCCCUCCGCGCACUCUGAUCUCCUCGAACUUUUCCAUUCACACAAUCUGCCUCUCCCCAACAAUCCCACGGUGCCUCGACUCGUGGACAAGCUUUCCUCGAUGUACCUCGAACCACAAUCCUUACAAAAACCGCUCUGGAUCACAAACAUUCCCGAGUGUCUGUCCCCCUUGGCGAAAUCGUACAUACAUCCCACAGCACCCAAUGACCAACCAGUCGCCGCACGAGCAGAAUUGUUCAUCGCGGGCAAGGAAGUCGUGAAUUGCUACGAGGAAGAGAAUUCGCCUUUUGAACAGAGGAGGAAGUUCGUGGAGCAACAGAAAUAUGGCACUCUGAAAUCCCACCCACUGUCGCCCGACUCAAAAUCUGCCAGCGGAGAUGCGGAAGAAGAUGUCGACGAGGAGGUGAUGAAGGUUGACGAAGACUACCUCCAGGCCCUAGAAUGGGGCCUUCCGCCCACGGGUGGAUGGGGUUGUGGGAUUGAUCGCUUGGUCAUGCUUUUUACAGGGAAGGAGAGGAUUGGAGAUGUUCUUAGUUUUGGCAAUUUGAGGGCCGUCACGAGGGGGGCUGCAGAAGAAGAAAGAGAAAGUCCUGCAGGACUGGGAGCUGAAAACGGCACGUCACAAUAG